AUGCUUCGUUUCCAAGGACUGCGCAUAGCGAACUUGACCAGAAUCUUGCAGGCCGGGGUGGUACUGUUUGCGAUACUGCUCUUUGUCAUACACCUGGGCCUCGUGCAAACCCCAACGUUCAGUACGCCUUCAGCAACAGACCUGUGGAGCCAUGUUAAAUCUGGCAAUUCGACGGCGCCUACAACCAAACCUGCUCCAGAAAUGAAACCAGGCGAUGCGACACUGAUGAAAGAAGCCCCACUCUAUAUCGAAGCCAUCAUGAGGCCCGAGGAUACCACAUUCGAUAGACUGGAAUGCCCUACUUUCAAUACCAGUCGGUAUGAGUAUCUGCGAGACCCUUUCCGUGGCAAGACUCAAUACAACCUCUUCUCGGCCCCGAAACGACAAUUCUUUUUCGCUUUAAACCUCCAUGAAAACGCGCCAGUACUUCCCCGACUCCUGGGUUCAAUAAUCGAGACCAUACGAUUCCUUGGCCCAGACCAAAGCGCCUUGUCGGUUAUAGAAGGGCGAUCAACCGAUGGAACAUAUGAAGUUAUGCAGAUGUUGCGCGGCCCACUCGAAGAAGAGCAGAUCCCGUAUUACUUCAACUCAAGCGACAAGAACCCAGAAGAAAUGGAUCGCAUACAGAUGCUGGCAGAUCUGCGCAACGAAGCCCUCGAACCUCUAAUCGAAAAUGCGAAUGAAUGGUCCAACGAUGCCACCGUGAUAUUCCUCAACGACGUCUCGCUCUGCAUGGAAGACAUACUCGAGCUCGUACAUCAGCGCAUACACCUGAAAGCAGAUAUGACUUGCGCGAUGGACUGGAUGGACGAAGGAAUCGAGACCUUCUACGAUGUCUGGGUUGCGCGCGAUAUCAAGGGCGAUACGUUCUUCGAGGUCAGCGAUUCGGGCAGUUGGGACAGCUCUCAAAACCUAUUCUGGAACAACGAAGAGACUCUCGAGCGAUACGUGAAUAACAAGCCCUUCCAAGUGUAUGCUUGCUGGAAUGGUGGAACGGCCUUUACCGCGCGGCCAUUGCUGGACCAAAAAAUAAAGUUUCGACGCUCGGCUGAAGGAGAGUGUUAUAUGGGAGAACCUACUGUGUUCUGCAAGGAAAUGUGGCAUAUUGGAUACGGGAAGAUUGCGGUGAUACCGACGGUCAACGUCGAAUAUACGGACGAGAAUUCGCGGAAAAUCAAGAAACAGAAGGGAACUGUGUCGUCUAACCUCAAUGGCACGGAUGAUAUGAUUGUCUGGAAAGGCCCGCCUGAGAAAGUCAAGUGCGCGCCAAAUUGGUACAGCCAGUCUUGGCUCCCAUGGAAUGAAACUUUGGUCAAAGAUUUAUCCUGA